AUGACUCACCUCCGUGGCAAUGUACAGCGCAUCGAAAAAGCUAUUGCCGACGACAAAAAGAAACAUGAGGAAGCCCUGGCCAAAGAAAAGGCCAAGGUUGCCGAAAAGAAGGAGGAACAGGAAAAAUUACAAAAGGAAGCUGAUCAGAAGAAGAAGGACGAAGAUGCAGUAAAACAAAAGAAGGAUCGCGCAGCGAAAAUGGCCCAGUCAACCGCUGUAUCACCGCAAGGCUUGGAAGAAUACAAGAAACAUUUAGCCAAGAUUGAGUGGUACAAAUCCACGAUCUAUCCAAAAUUGAAAACUAACGAUGCCUUCCGAAAACAAUGUUUCGAAGCACGUCGCUUUGUCAAACGAACCCUCGGUCAAAUUCAAUUCCGUCAUGAUAUUAUUGUUCAGAAGUAUAAUGCAUUAGCACAAUUUCUAGCGCAAACGCAGCGACAAUCAGUAGAUGUAUUCCAUGUUUUGUUAAACUACGUUGCCAAAACGCUUCUUCUUCAAGUACAAACGGAAACACGUGCUGCCCCAUUUUCGGCUUACUUCCUCGCCCGAUUCGCCAUGUUGGUGUGUGCGACCAUUCCUGAUUUCACUGACUACCUUUUGGGCCGUCUCGGAAAGCGAUGUCCUUAUCUGAUACCGCAGUAUCACGAUAGUGAUCCAUCGCUAUCUGUGCAAGAAAUCAAAAGUCGACUGCGAUACAUAUAUGCUGAUAAAUCUUCGGGGCGAUUGGAAACUUUCAUUGAACAUGCCGAACGACAGAAAUGUUUCAUCAUGUUUUAUGCAGCGCUGAUACAGACGAAGCCUGACCCAGGUCAGCCUGCCAAUCCAUUUUCUAUCGGACUGGGGUGGACGUGGCUCGCUAGAAUAUGCAAUAUGCCAUCUCGAGAAAUUACACCCAUGUUAGUCCAUGCCUUUUUGGAAUUCGCUGGCAAACGGAUGCUGGAAACCUAUCCUCGACAGUUACCAAAAGUAUUACGAUUGAUUCGUACUCAAAUCCUACCCUCGGUUCCUAUACAACAAGGAAACGAUAACGUUGCUGCCAUCAAGUCAUUCGAGCUGUAUCUUGACGAAUACUUCGCUACCGGACAGCUUGAAUCGGCUCCUGAAGCAUUAGCCCCCAAAGUGUAG